AUGGCACUGCCUUGGGCCCUUGCAGUCUUGAGCCUUCUUCCACUGCUGGAUGCCCGGAGGCUGGCAUGUACCAAUUAUGUGGUUCCUAUCACCGAACCCACCCUGGACCGGAUCUCUGGCAAGUGGUUCCUUAUCGCCUGGGCUUACCGUGACCCCGAAUAUAAGGAGUCAACUAGAGACCUCAAGGCAGGCUUCUUUCACAUGACAUACAACCAGACGAAGGACUCACUACUGCUCAGAGAGUACUCGACCACUGGGGACCGGUGCAUCUAUACCUACAGUGUGCUGAGGAUCCACCGGGAAAAUGGAACCGUGUAUAAAUACGAUGAGAAUGGCAGAAAACACUUUGGCCGCCUGAUAUUACCCAAGGAUCGCAAGAUCUACAUGCUUGUUGCUUUCCCAGACGACCCACAGAAAAUCGGGAUAUCCUUCUUUGCUCUCAGUCCGAGGGUGACGAGGAGGCAAAGGAAACAGUUCUAUAAUGAACUCAAGUGCAGAGGCAUAAAGAGGUCGGAAGUUAAGUUCACUAACACGAGAAAGGAUUUCUGUAAGACGCUGGAGAAACAACAUGAGGAGGAGAGGAAGGCCAAAGGUGAGACCGAGAGAGACACAGUAUUGGAUAAGGACGUCGGAGACGUCGGGGGUCUGUCCUGAGCCCCCCUUCCAACAUUUGUACCUCAGUUCUUUCCCUCUGUGGCAUCAAUAAAGCUUCUGCUUUGGAAUAAGUACUUGGUCACAUAAGCUCCUUCACUCAUUCUCCCAAUCAUUCACGUUGAGGCUGCCCAGAGUUGAGCCCGGGAGG